ACCCAAGGGAGGGUGGAGCUGAGCCGGGAGAGAAGAAGCUGCAGAGGAGACAGAGAAAGGAAGGAAGCAGGAUGGAGAGUCAGAAGGAGACCUGGAGGAGGUGCAUGGAGCCGAGAGACACGUGCAGAAACUACGCUUGCCUUUUGGUUGUGGACUGGGUGACACAGAUGUGGGUGAGAGAGGAUACCGAGAAGUCAGUGUCCAUCCUGGACACGUCUACCUGUCCUGGAAACAGUGGCGUGCACACCUCUUGGAAUCCUGAUCCACAAGGCAUUCAAAACUUCCCUCAGUGUACAGAGCUGGAGAAGACCCCCUUGGCUUCUGCAGAGGCAGCCAGACUUAAUGCUGGUGAAAUGCGGCAACAGUUCAAUAUGCCAAUGCCUGAGCAUGGUGUGAACUACUGCCCCCAAGUGACUCUCACUCCAUCCCAGAAUAUUUACUGUCAGGGAGUAGCUCCCUCCCAGCCUGAAAUGAUGAUUUUUGAGGGCCCUCAGACAAUGCCUUCAGGAAAAGCCAAUAUUCCAGGGAUGGCCAUGACUUACGGUGGGAAUAUAAGGAUGACCCCCAAUGUGCCACCUAUCUCAGCUCCCAUUGGAAGUCCAAUGAUGCCCCCCAUCAGUGCACCAGCAAUGCCUUAUUGUGGCACCCCUGUAGUACCCUCUAGCAGAGACUCUUUAACACCUAAAAUGUUAAUGACCCCAACCAUGCCUUCUGCGGAGGGGCAGGCAAUGCAUCCCUGUUUGACUCAGAUGUUGCCCCCUAGAAAUCCUCAUGAUCUUGGGAUGCCCCCAGCUAGGACUUCAUCAUUGCUGGUUUUAGAAUCCCAGAACUCUCUUGUAAGCCAACCUGCCUCCCAGACAGAUCCCUUCCUACCUGAGCAGCCCAUACCUGCACCACAGAGAGCAGAACAGAACUCCAGGCCCCAGGAAAGGGCUCCCAGGAGAUCUCCGGUUUCAAGGCCUUACCUCUGCCAGUUUGAGAACUGUGAAAAAGCUUACACUAAGCGCUCCCACCUCGUGAGUCACCAACGCAAACACACAGGCCAGAGGCCCUAUAAAUGCAGUUGGGAAGGCUGUACAUGGUCUUUCUUCCGUUCCGAUGAGCUUGGACGACAUGUUCGGAUCCACACCAAAUACCGACCACACAGAUGUGAUCAGUGUGGCCGGCAGUUCAUGAGAUCUGACCAUCUCAGGCAACAUCAAAGGACUCAUCUGCGCAUGCCGUGUUCCCCAGAUCCACAGGCUAACAGUGGACACAUGACUGGUCCUCCUGCUUCUGGCCUCUAGGCGGUCUGCCCCUCAUUUUGGCUUCUCCACCCAGAUCCUGCCUGCUUCUGACCAUCUAGUCCCUUUGGUAGGUGUAGGGUUGGAUGAAGACAGAUUAUGAGGCAGGGUUGAAGCCCAUGUGAAGCUCUGGACCCAGCCAGGGACUCCUUAAACACCGUCUUUUGAGUUUAGCCACGUGGGAGGAUGGAGCAAAGUAGAGAUUGGAUCUUUAUGGAAAAAGCUCUUGUUCUUAUGUCACUCCCCAGCUUGAAACCUUUUAGUCACUCUCCUUUGCCUACUUCAUAAAAUCCAAGUUCUUUAUCUUAGUCUUCCACAGUUUCCAGAGCCCAGACUAUGUUCAACUCCUGAAUUUACCACUUACUAGCCAUGUGAUCUUGGGGAAAGACUUUGAUCACUCUGCCUUCUUUCCUUUUAUGGAAAAUGAGAAAAAAAUAUUGGCCUGUCUUGGACACAGGUCUUUGAGUCAGGUUCUAUCCGGCACUCACCAGCACAUGCCCAGAGUUCCUGUCUCCUCCUACCACGUAGAGACUUGGACAGAACUCCCCCACAGGGCUUGGGAUUUGGUAUCUCAGGUAGCCAUUAUAGCCCAGAAUGAGGGGGAGUUGCUCCCCCCUUGGGUAAAAUUUGACUAAUGGGAAAUGGGAGAGAGCCAGGCAGAUAAAUUCCCUUUUCUUCCUUCCCUUCCUUGAAUUGCUACAAGGCAUCGUUUCUCCAGGCAGUACCACACUGGGAAGAACUCCCACGUAGCCAGUACUGCGAAGAACUCCCAGGUAGCCAGUGGACGUACCUGCAGUGCUUCCAGGCUUGUCGUGAAGCAGGACCCAACCGGGUGUUCCCUUGCUUUACCUCCCAUUCUUCCCCGCCUUGCUUCCCUUUUCUCACCCUCAGUGUCCUGGGUUUGUACCUACCAAAUAAAACAU